CUCACUAUAAUAUUUUACUAUUUGAAACGAAUAAAUAAAAUAAAAUAAAAAGCGAUGGGUGAGUUCAUUUUUGUUUUAUAUCCUUAAAAUCGAUGAGGCCCCACAUUUAAUUCCUCUCUCUCUAUCCCUUUCUUCCUGCCCCUUAAAAACAACCAUUUCAUCAGCUCAUCCAAAUCCCAUAUUGCCAUGGGCGUCGUCGACAUGACUAACCCACCCACCAAAGAUUUCUUUGCUUCUCCCGCUCUCUCCCUUAGCCUUGCCGGGAUAUUCCGGGAUGCCGGUGCUACGGCGGCAGCUGCAACUGCGAGUGCGAGUAUGGAGGUGGAGGAAGGAGAUGAAGGAAGCGGAGGAGGAGGAGGAUCAGGUAGUAAGAAAGAUGACACUGUAGAAAUCAGUAGCGAAAACUCGGGCCCUGCAAGAUCAAGAUCCGAGGAUGACUUGCUAGAUCACGACGAUGACGAGGAUGACGCCGAUAAGUCCAAAAAGAAGAAGAGAAAGAAGUAUCAUCGUCACACCGCCGACCAAAUCAGAGAAAUGGAAGCGCUGUUUAAGGAAUCACCCCAUCCAGAUGAGAAGCAAAGGCAGCAAUUGAGUAAACAAUUAGGCCUUGCUCCAAGACAAGUCAAGUUCUGGUUUCAAAAUCGUCGAACACAAAUCAAAGCUAUACAAGAGCGCCAUGAAAAUUCGUUGUUGAAGCAAGAGCUGGAGAAGCUCCGAGACGAAAACAAAGCCAUGAGGGAGACUAUAAAUAAAGCGUGUUGCCUCAACUGUGGCAUGGCUACCACUGCCAAAGAUGGCUCCAUUACAGCUGAAGAACAACAACUACGAAUCGAGAAUGCCAAACUCAAAGCCGAGGUAGAAAAACUGAGAACAGUAAUAGGAAAAUACCCUCCGGGUGCAUCAACGACUGGUUCAUGUUCAUCUGGAAAUGACCAAGAAAACAGGAGUUCAUUGGAUUUUUACACUGGGAUUUUUGGACUUGAAAAGUCGAGAAUCAUGGAGAUUGUAAACCAAGCCAUGGAAGAGUUGCAAAAGAUGGCUACGGCUGGUGAACCGCUGUGGGUUCGAAGCGUUGAGACGGGUCGGGAGAUACUUAACUACGAUGAGUACGUCAAAGAGUUCUCUGUUGAAAGUUCAAGCAAUGGGAGGCCAAAAAGAUCCAUUGAAGCCUCUAGAGAGACUGGGGUUGUUUUUCUUGAUCUCCCGAGGCUGGUACAAAGCUUCAUGGAUGCGAAUCAAUGGAAGGAAAUGUUCCCAUGCAUAAUCUCAAAGGCUGCUACUGUUGAUGUGAUUUGCCAUGGGGAAGCUCCGAAUAAAAAUGGUGCUGUACAGUUGAUGUUUGCUGAGCUGCAAAUGCUCACACCCUUGGUGCCUACCAGAGAAGUGUACUUUGUCCGGUACUGCAAGCAAUUGAGUGCUGAACAAUGGGCAAUUGUCGACGUUUCUAUUGACAAAGUUGAAGAAAAUAUCGAUGCAUCCUUAGUGAAAUGCAGAAAACGUCCAUCAGGUUGCAUCAUCCAGGAUACAACCAAUGGCCAUUGUAAGGUGAUUUGGGUGGAACACCUUGAGUGCCAGAAAAACACUGUUCACACGUUGUACCGUACCAUUGUUCGCAGUGGACUAGCAUUUGGUGCAAGGCAUUGGAUGGCAACAUUACAACAUCAGUGUGAAAGGCUCGUUUUCUUCAUGGCAACCAAUGUUCCUACCAAGGAUUCAACUGGUGUUGCAACAUUGGCUGGGAGGAAGAGUAUUUUGAAAUUGGCCCAGAGAAUGACAUGGAGCUUUUGUCAUUCAAUUGGAGCAUCAAGUUAUCAUACCUGGAAUAAAGUCUCUACAAAAACAGGGGAAGACAUUAGAGUAUCUUCCAGGAAAAACUUAAAUGACCCCGGUGAGCCACAUGGGGUCAUCGUCUGUGCUGUUUCUUCCGUUUGUUUGCCUGUCUCUCCGACUCUUUUAUUUGAUUUCUUGAGAGACGAAUCUCGUCGCAGUGAGUGGGAUAUCAUGUCAAACGGAGGUCCUGUACAAUCCAUUGCAAACUUGGCCAAAGGAAAGGAUCGGGGAAAUGCAGUAACAAUUCAAGUAAGUUCUUUAGGGUGUUUCUUUACCCUGUUAACCGUAUACAACAUUCUGAACAGAAUCAUGUUUUCUGUUCAGGCAAUGAAGUCAAAAGAGAAUAGCAUGUGGAUACUCCAAGAUAGUUGCACUAAUGCUUUUGAAUCCAUGGUGGUCUUUGCUCAUGUGGAUGUAACUGGAAUACAAUCAGUGAUCACAGGAUGUGACUCUAGCAACAUGGCCAUAUUACCUUCAGGCUUCUCCAUUCUUCCCGACGGACUCGAGUCAAGGCCAUUAGUGAUUUCUUCUAGGCACGAGAAAAGCAAUGAUACCGAAGGAGGAUCAUUGCUUACUGUAGCUUUCCAAAUCCUAACAAACAGCUCCCCGACUGCCAAACUAACCAUGGAAUCUGUGGAAUCUGUCAACACAAUAGUAUCUUGCACAUUGCGAAACAUUAAGACAAGCUUGCAAUGUGAAGAUGGGUGAUCAAAUACCCUUCUUGAUUAGAUGGUUUGGACACCAGGCAUGUUUUGGAGGGCAAGCUGGAUUCAGAGAGUUUGGAUUUAAAAAUCAUUUUAGAUGUAGGAGAGUGAAAUAUUCUCAUGUAUAGAAUUACUAUUCAUUGAUGCAAUAUUGUGGUUGUCUUGAUUACUUUACCAACUUAUAUAGGCCCUAAAGGACGUUGAUUUAUCCACUGUUUUUUAAAGGAAUUUAAGGUUUUUACACUGCUAAAA